AUGGAACCUACCAUCCAGGGCACCUCCUCCAGUCUUAUUCGUCCGUUUGAAUGGUUGACGAAUGCGGCAUCGUUGAAAUUCCUCAUCACACAAGCUGUGGAGCAACAAUACUCGUCCAGUCGUCAGGAAGAAAAGCAAGGGGAGUCCUCGUCCCACGAACAAGCACCAAAGGAACUUUCCGCUUUGCAUGUGGGUGCUGGAAGUUCCGUAGUGGGAGAAUAUAUGGUGGAAGCACUGGGAUUCGAUUUGGUGGUGAAUUUGGACAAGGACGAAGAGACUCUGGAACAAAUGAAAGAUCGAUGGUUGCAGCGAUGCCGAAACAAGUCCGAGAAUAACCCAGAGCUCCCCCCUGUUAGUUCCGAGCGACUAGCCUUUUGCCCAAAUGACUUUGCUGAAAAACCUUUUCCAUAUCCAAGCAAUCGAUUCGAUCUCAUUCUAGACAAGUCAACCUUGGACUGUACUCUCUGCAGUGACAAGGCAGCGGCUUGUUUAUUGGUCCAGGUCUAUCGAUGCUUAAAAGUUGGUGGAUGUUACCUUUUGAUUUCUUUUCAUGAAUAUGAUUUUCUAGCACCGCUGUUGGAAAAUCUACCGGGGGCAAACUGGGACGUCCAGCACUCGACCAUGGAACGGCAGGUGGAAGACCUCGGUAUUAUCAAUCAACUGAAUGCGGAUCACGAAAGCGACAGACAGAACAACACAAAGGAGGAGGAGGGAGAACCAGCAACGGAAUUAAAUCCAAGUGCAAAUGAAAAGCCACCGCUGAAUGUGUUCAUCAUCCGAAAACUGCCAUCGCCGAACAGUAGUGAGGAUGAAGAUGAUGAUCCCCACACCCUCGAUUGGGACCGAGUCAGUGCCCAUGUGCACAAAUGCAACGAUGCUUGGUUUCAACAACACCAGCCCCUGCUAACCAGGCAACGGACUCAAGCACUGAAAGAGGCAUUUGAGCACCCACUGGUCUUGCAACAAGCCUACUUGGAACUCUUUACCGAUGCGGAGAGAGAGCACUUGACCUAUGAACAUUUUUUGGAAGAUUGGGCAGCCUAUUUGGAACAACGGAAGGGAACGAUUCCAAAAAAGCAGAUCUCCUACGACGAUGCAUUUCUUUUUCUGCAAGAGAUGCAAUGA